AUGGUGCAUAUGACAUCAACCUGUUCUACAGAGGAAAAUAAUCUACCUAGAUUACCGGUACCAACAUUAGCUGAAACAGCACGGAAAUAUUUAAAAACAGUUGCACCAUUACUUAGUAAUGAUGAAUUUAGUGAAACAAAAAAAAUUGUUGAACAAUUUCAACAAGAAAGCGAACCAUUACAAGAAUUAUUAUUAAAACGAGCACAAACAGAAGAAAAUUGGUUAUCACAAUGGUGGCUCGAUAAAACAUAUCUUGAAUGGCGUUUGAAUUUACCUAUUUAUUAUAAUCCAGCUUUAGUAUUUCCUCGACAAUCAUAUAGAGAUUUUAAUGGACAAAUUCAAUUUGCUGCCAAUUUUAUUCAUGGUGUUCUACUUUACCGAUCAUUAAUUGAUAACAAUCAAAUACCAAUUGAUCGUUUUGGUUCAGAUCCUCUUUGUAUGGAUCAAUAUAAAAAAGUUCUUGGCAUAUGUCGUAUUCCGGCAAAAACUAUUGAUCGACUUCAUUUAUAUAAUAAAAAUGGUCAUCGUCAUGUUGCAGUAUUUUAUCGAAAUAAUGUCUAUCGACUACCAGUAUAUGAUGAUCAAGGAAACAAAUUAUCAGCUGUUGUUAUCUAUAAUUAUUUAAAAAAGCUUGCUGAUUUAAAAGAAUCUGAUGAAAAACAAACAUUAAUUGGUCAUUUAACAGCUGAUGAACGACAACUUUGGGCACCUAUUUAUGAACAAUUAUCAUCAAUACCAGAAAAUAAAAAUUUCUUUGAUAUAAUUAAUGAUAGUUUAUUUGUAUUAUGUCUUGAUGAAAGUUAUCAAUCAUCAAAUGAUAAUAUAAUAAAAGAAGAUAAUAAAAGAUCAGUUGGUUUAAAUUUUCUACAUGGUGGUGGAACCAAAAAUAAUACAGCCAAUCGUUGGUUUGACAAGACAAUUCAAAUUAUUGUAGGACCUAACGGUUAUAGUGGUCUUAAUUAUGAACAUUCAUUGGCUGAAGGUGGAAUAAUUACAACCCUUGUUGAUUAUGCUUUGGAUUAUUGUAAAACAGCAGAACCACUUGUUCAUACUAAUGAACCAUCAUUAUUAAGUAAAUGUCGUAUAGUUAUACCUAAAGAAGUCGAACAAUCGAUAAUUGAAAGUGAAAAACGUGUUAAUAAAUUUAUUGAAAAUUGUGAUUUAAUUGUUCAUAAAUAUCCUGAAUAUGGUAAAGAUUUUGCUAAACAAAAUAAAUUAAGCAUAGAUGCUAUUAUACAAGUGGCAUUACAAGUUGCUUAUUUUCGGUCAGUAUUAAAAUAG